ACUUCCUGGGAAAAGUCAUCAGCGUAUUCAUAAUACUCCCGGUUUGCCAAGCAGUUAGUUCCCUAAAUUUUCGGUCAUUUCAUUUUUGGAGUUGAAAAUUUGUGGCUUUCAAAAUUGAAAAUUCCAAAAUUUAGUCGACUUUUAUUUGUAGACACCGCUUUGCGACACGUACCUAGUGGACGGCAUCAAAAUUAUUAGUUUCUGAAUAAAAGGGGGAGUUCAAACGAAGACGAAUCUUUCGCAAGAUGAAUACCACUUUUAAAGUGGCUCGAUUGAGCCUGAAUUACGGUUGGCGUUUUGUUAGCCAAAAGGCGCGGAGUGACGUUCCCGGUCUGCGGCGAUUACCAGCUUUUUCUGGCCAAAGGCGUCGCUAUGCCGAUCGAUAUACAUUCGAGGACCAGACACAGGCACAAAUAGAGGGCCGGAACAGGUUGAUGGCCGAUGUUCCGACUCCCAAAGAGGCUCCUUGGCGCGAUGGCGAAUGGACCGCCGAUUUUCCCGAACGUUUGGAUGAGUUGGGCCACGAAUCGCAUUGCAACGAUCGCCUGUACAUUGCGAAAAACAAAAACCGUCACGAACUGGAACAAUAUCGUAUGGAACGUGAGGAGAGGCGCACGGAGGCCCAGCAAAGGAUUCGUAGUCACUUUGCUCGAGGUUCCGAGGUUCCGGAAAUGACUCGUAGACGGUUCAUUAUCCAGGAUCCCGCUGAUCAUCAGAAACGACAGGCGGCGAUCAUUGAACAGAAUCGCCGCAAGUGGCUGAGUCGCCCGGAAUCGAGGAGGGAGACGAAUACUUCGGGAAUAACCUAUCGCCCAGAUGCCCAAAAGGAGAAGUAUUUCGAGGAGAAAGCACAAAAGGAAUUAGAGGACAUCAGGCGUACACGAGAAGGUGCUCAGAAAAAGGAGGAAACUGUCGAUAGUCAGACGGUAGUCUAUGAUCCCAAUCGACCCGCUGAAGCGUGGUUAAAGAAGCGUCAGGAGGAGAACGAGGCACAGUACUGGCACACCUGGAGCACGUGUCCCGGAUCCCGGGAAUCUGAGACCACCGAAGAGGUGAAACCACAUCUGAAGCGCAAGAAGGUAGUGGGUGUCCCGCCCUCAUAUCCACGGGAUUAUCAGCGACGUGGCUUUCAUCAGAUCGCUCCACCAGCAUAUCGCCUGAAAGCCAAGACCACAGUGCUGAUCCAAAAACGUCGAGCUUCUGGCAUCGAUAAGCAGUAUCAUAAGUUUGCCCGGAAACUGGCGACUCCUUGGGAACACAAUUUGCUCCAAACUUCCGACAAUGCUCAACCAAUGCCAAGACCUCAGGUUGUGCCCAAAAAGGAGGAGAAAAAGAAGCCUAAGAAGAAAGAACGUCGAUCUGUUGAGCCUCCAAAGUUCCGUAUGGUUGUCAAAGCCCGUACUCCAGUUUCCCGUCCUGUGACUCCCGUUUAUAGUUACUCCAGACCCAGUGUCUAUAUGGAAUCUCUUCGUACCUACUCCACCGGAAGCCCCAAAUAGGUUAUUUUAUUGCCCUUUUAUUGCAGAGUUAAUUUUUGAUUACGAAUACAUUUGGCUGAGCUCCUUGCGGAGUUCUGGGAUAUUAUAGUAAACUUUAAUAUUAUUGACGUUGAA